AUGGGGAGAGAUGCAGAGAUUGACUCUGUCCCCAGGACCAGUGCAUCUCAGUGCAGCUCUGUGCCGGAGCCCAGGUUUGGGAAGCGGAUAGGAAACGACUUUGGCAUUGGCACGGUGGUGCUGUUUGAAUGCAAUCCAGGCUACGCUCUGCACGGCGCCACUGCCAUCAGGUGUGAGGCCAUCCCCAACACUGUGGCUCAGUGGAACGGCACUGAGCCCACCUGCGUAGUUCCCUGUGGAGGACUGCUGACAUCUCGUAAGGGGACCAUCCUUUCUCCUGGUUACCCAGAGCCCUACGCCAACUAUCUCAACUGUAUCUGGAAGGUCUCUGUGCCAGAGGGAGCAGGCAUCCAAAUCCAGGUCAUAACUUUCUCCACGGAACACAACUGGGACUCCUUGGACUUUUUUGACGGAGUCGAUGGCAACGCGCCAAGGCUUGGCAGCUAUUCAGGUACAACCAUCCCCCAGCUCCUGAACAGCACCUCCAACAACAUCUACCUGACAUUCCAGUCCGAUAUCAGUGUGUCUGCAGCAGGCUUCCACCUGGAGUAUACAGGUAAAUUGACUGAGAAGACGUUUUCAUUUUACAGCAAUGACCUGGGGAAAAGAUCAAGGGGAGAUGAAUGA